AUGACCAGUUCCUCCCAAGAAGAAAUUCCAUGGGGCGAGGAUGGAGCUAAAUAUGUUGUCGAGUCUACCCGAAUCUUCACCGAUAAAGCCAAGUCUUCUGCUCAUUUGAAGGGUGACGCAAAGAAGGUACUAUUUCUUCUCCUAGCGCAUGUUGAUAUUGUUUCUAAUGCUAGCUGCACAACCAACUAUCUUUCUCCCCUUGCAAAGGUUAUUCAUGACAAAUUUGGUAUUGCCGAAGGUCUCAUGAGUAUUAUUCACUCUAUUAUCAAUAAGUUUGUAAUCUUAUGCAUAAUUUACAUUUUGAUUGGAUAA